AUGAGCAAUAGUCCGUACAAGGACACGUUUACGGGCAUUGUCCACGUAGCUCAAUGCCACAGGUCAGAGCCUGAGCUCGGCUAUCGACCUGUCGUCGCCCCUUUCUCUAGCAGUGGGAAGCGCGUGGCGCCCGACGACUCCGUCGCACACCCUUCGGGCGGUCCGUCACCGGGUGAUCCCGAUCAUAAGCGUCAACGACGUCAGGGCAGUCCUGCCGCAGUGGCACAUCGAACUCCCACGAGUUCUGUGAAUGAGGGUAACCUCGCCACUUCACAAGAUACUGCGUAUGACCCUGGCGUCGACGCCGCGCCAUCAGGCGUUCCACAUGGUAGUGGAGCUCCCCUUGCUCGUCGAGCAGAGCAGGAGGAGGCCGAGCAGCCGCUGGAUUCUCGCGCCGCGAGCUUCGUCGAGUUUCUCUCUCUACGGAGCCGCGUUCGCUCGGUGAGCGACUACGUCGCUGACGUUGACCGUUCCUCUCAUCGCUUAGCGAAUGAUCUCGGGGAUGUCGAGCGCCGUGUUGGCUGGCUCGAGUCUCCUCAGGCGACGCAACAGCGGGCCGCGGACCUUGAGCGUCAAGUUGCUCAACUGCAGGUUCAACUGGACCUGUUGCCGCGUGUGCCUCCGCACCCUGCGGCUCUGCAGCCUCCCAUGGUUCUGCAGCCUCCUACUGCCCCGCAGUAUCCUGCGUACUCGGACUCUGGUGCUGGGCUUCAGCACCCUGCUGUCUCGCAGCCUCCUGCUGCCUCGCAGCCCUCGUCCGACCCGGCGCUAGCGCCUCAGAGCUCACCCGAGCAGGUUCCCGGUAUGGCUUAA